AUGGCGGUGGAUGCGGAGGGGAACUCAGCCUCUUUUUUCCUAGCCUGCCUACUCGUCAGCAUGGUUGUCACGGCCCACGUUUCGGACCGCGGCGGGGUGCCCGCCCACCUGAUCAAGUUCCUUCUCCUCAUCGGGGUGGUGGCGGCGUCGCUGAUGUACUUCACCGGCACCUUUGCACUCAUGCAGGACAUGGGGAAAAUCGUGCAAAAUGGCACAACGUCCCUCCGCUCAGCCGCCGGCGUUGCGAAGUUUUGUAAUGACAUACAAACCCUGGCGGUGAACCGGAUACUGCAGAUGGUGGUUCUCAUCACGGUGGUGUACCUCUUCCUGCAGGCACUCUGCGUGCCCGGCACAGUCGCGCUGAACGCCGUCACAGGGGCGGUGCUUGGAACCGCCUUGGGCGUGCCGUACUGCACGCUACUGGGGACUGCUGGUGCCACGUGCUGCUACCUUCUCUCGUCACUGGUCGGGGUGCGUCUCGUGGAGCGGGUGGAUGGGCGCCUCAUGAAGGGCAAAGGACUGGCGAAGAUACGUCUGCAGGUAAACCGGUACCGCGGGGACCUGUUCGUGUACCUCCUCUUCCUCCGCCUCACCCCGAUCCUGCCUAAUUGGCUGGUGAAUUUAGCCUCCCCCGUCGUGGGUGUCCCGCUGCGGGUGUUUGCGCUGGCCACCUGUUUAGGCAUCCUGCCGCAGACGUACCUGACGGUGCGCUUUGGCGCCUUUGCACGCACGACGAUGGGCAAAAGUGGCCCGAUUGUCUCCCUGUGGGAUACGCUGCUGCUGGUCGUUCUCGGCUUGGCCGUCCUCGCCGCAUUUUGGCUCAAGAAACGACUUUCCGCCACGACUGGGUUCGGCCCCGGGGUUCGGUCGGCGACCGCCGUGGUGGUCUGA